AGCUGAAGUUGGACCCUUAACCGACUGAGCCACCCAGGUGUCCCUGUACUGGUAAAAUCUUGAAUAUUUCCCCAACAGACUCAGAUAAAAGGUAUCUUUCCAUGGUUUUCAAACCAGAAAUAAUUCAAUAACUGUACAUUGUAAAGCCAAUAAAUUAGUACAGUCUUUUUUUUCUUUUAUCUGUACAGAAGAUCACCUAGACUGUGUGAUUUCCCACAUUUGCUUUUUUAAAAAAACCUAGAACUGUGGGGUGGUAGGUCCGCUGUGUGAAUAUGUUCUCUGUGAAUAAGUAGAAGAUGCUUCAAGGACUGAAGUGGGAAAGCCACAUCAUUCAACAACAUGGUGCUUUCAGUGUUGGUACUUACUUGGCAAAAACCAUAUUCUCCUUUUCAACUGUUGGGAUUUUUGACCUCCUCUUACCAUAAAAAUAUUCAUGCAUUAUAAUUCCUUUGAUUGUUUUUCAUUCUCUUUGGUGUGUAUGCAUUCACUAUGGUGCAGAAUUCCAUCAAAUUGCCUCUCAAGAGAUCGACUGUUGAGAAGGUGACCAACGUGCAGAUCCUGGUGUUGUUCCUGCUGCUUCUGGCCAUGUCCUUGGUGAGCUGUGUGGGAGCCAUACUCUGGAAGGAAGGGCAUGGAGGAGACAUUUGGUACAUCGGGACGAAGGAUUACAGCUCCCACAGCUUAGGGUUUGACAUAUUGGUGUUCAUCAUCUUGUAUCACAAUCUCAUCCCCAUUAGCCUGCUGGUCACUCUGGAAAUUGUGAAAUAUAUUCAGGCCCUGUUUAUAAACUGGGAUGAAGAUAUGCAUUAUGAAGGAAAUAACGUCUAUGCCAUGGCCAGAACAUCCAAUCUUAACGAAGAGCUUGGGCAGGUAAAAUAUUUAUUUUCUGAUAAAACAGGAACACUCACUUGCAAUAUUAUGACAUUGAAGAAGUGUACCAUUGCAGGUAUAAUUUAUGGAAAUCUGUCAAACAGAAGUGAUACCAUUUUGGACAACCUAAGUGCAUCACCGUCUGCCAUCACAGAAUCCGGUGGAUUUAAUGACCCAACAUUGUUGCAGAACUUUGAGAAUGGCCACCCCACGAGAGAUUACAUAAAGGAGUUUCUCACCCUGUUAUGUGUGUGUCACACUGUGGUUCCUGAGAGAGACGGAGGUAAUACAACCUACCAGGCUUCCUCCCCAGAUGAAGCAGCUUUAGUGAAAGGAAUGAAGAAACUUGGCUUUGUUUUUACUACAAGAACGCCAUCCUCUGUCACCAUAAAUGCUAUGGGAGAAAACUUCACAUUUGAAAUUCUUAACAUCCUGGAGUUUUCUAGUAAUAGAAAAAGGAUGUCUGUAAUUGUCCGAACUCCUACAGGAAAGCUCCGGCUGUACUGCAAAGGGGCUGAUACAGUGAUUUAUGAGAGACUUUCAGAUGACUCUCUCUUUGUGAAGGAGACAUUAAGCCAUCUGGAAUAUUUUGCCAAAGAAGGACUGAGAACUCUCUGCAUUGCCUAUACAGAUUUAACGGAGAAACAAUAUCAACAGUGGUUGUUGUUGUAUAAAAAAGCAAGUACAGUUAUACAGGACAGAAGGCAGAGUUUGGAAGAAUGUUACGAUCAUAUCGAAAAGGAAUUUCUGCUGCUUGGUGCCACAGCCAUUGAAGAUCACCUUCAAGCACGUGUUCCAGAAACGAUAACAACUUUACUGAACGCAAACAUAAAAAUAUGGGUCCUGACAGGAGAUAAACAAGAAACUGCAAUUAACAUAGCAUAUUCCUGUAAACUGUUAUCAACUAAAAUGCCUUGUAUUCGAUUGAAUUCAAACUCACUCGAGGCAACACAACAAGCAGUUAAUCAGAACUGUCAAGAUCUUGGAAUCCUGUUAGGUGAAGAAAAUGACCUGGCCCUCAUCAUUGACGGUGAAACACUGAAGUAUGCCUUCCAUCCUGAAGUUAAGAGGAGCUUUGUCAAUUUGGCCCUCUCAUGUAGAGCAGUAUUAUGUUGUAGGUUAUCUCCCCUCCAGAAGGCAGAAAUAGUCGACGUGGUUAAGAAGCACGUAGGGGCCAUCACUCUUGCCAUCGGGGAUGGUGCCAAUGACGUUGGGAUGAUCCAGAUGGCCCACGUGGGUGUGGGAAUCAGUGGGAACGAGGGUAUGCAGGCCACCAACAACUCAGAUUUUGCCAUUGCACAGUUUAGCUACUUGGAGAAGCUUCUGUUGGUUCAUGGAGCUUGGAAUUAUUUUCGAGUGACAAAAUGCAUAUUAUAUUGUUUCUACAAAAAUGUCGUGUUUUAUGUUAUUGAGCUUUGGUUCGCCUUUGUUAAUGGAUUUUCUGGGCAGAUUAUAUUUGAACGCUGGUGCAUCGGCUUGUACAAUGUGGUAAGCAUUCCCUGUCUCUAUCUGAUAGCAUGCGAAACUUCAGUGACAUUCCUUUACUGUUUACGUCUGGGAAGUGUAUCUAAGUCAAUCAUCUGUAUACAUAGCGGGCAGCACAAAUACAUCUUUAGAGCCUUUGUUGCUGCGACACAUCCCGCAGAAGCCCAAGCUCUCCACACAUGGUUUCAAUCAUAGCAGAUCAUUCUAUAGCAACUGCAUUAAAUUUGUACCAAUGUAUUUUGAUAAUACAUCCAAAAUCUCCUUACUGAAUGCCUGCACAAUGUUUUCAGGCUUUUAAGCCAAGUAAUUAUUAUUGAACUCUACCUCAACCAAUUCCAUUUAAUACAUAUAAUUAAUAUUUAUCUAUCUUUGUGUAUGUGGGUGUGUGUCCAUAGUGUAACUCCAUGGCCUUUUAAACCUGGAAGAAAAUUUGUCCUUUUGUAAAUAUAUCAUCCUGUGUUUGUAUGAAAUGAUGAAUUUGAUAUCGAGUCCUAUGUUAAG